AGACGUGCCUUCCUCUUCCAUUGUGGACAACAUUCUGGCUUCUGACAUGUUGGUUUUGCAAAUCUGUGAGUUUGGCGUGUUCUAGCUGGCCUUCUGCCGACUUUCCAUUCCUGGGGUGUGGCAGUCUUCGUCAUGUUUUCCUGUUCUCAUUGCUGUGAUGGAGAUUACUGGUUUGUUUCAUGGUGUUGUAAUGUGCCACUCACAUUUUGACUAGAGACUAUGAUGAGUAACACUACCCUGUAGGUUCUUUUACACCCUUUUAGGUUCACACGGGACUUUGUUUCUUUGGGCAGAUAUCUGGGAGUGGCUUCUGGUCACAGGUGUUCUCAACUGAGGUGGAUCCUGGCCAGUUGAAUACUUUGAAAGCCAAGGAUGCAUCUCUACUGAGUUGAGUCUCUGUCACCUACCAUCUUACCACAGCACCAGGGCUUGGUGCAAUGUAGCCAGUUGCCAAUGUCCCCAGUGGCAAUUUCUUUCUUUUCAGGUUUCACAUGCUACAGUGGCCAAUUUCUGCCUCUGGGGAAUGUCAGAAUGCCUGUCUAUUUUUAGGUAAAAAAGAGAGAGUAGCUGGUACCAUCUGCCCACAGCCUAACUCAGUAGAGCAGAUAAAUAUACUCAUUCCACAGUAGCAUUCUCCAAAACUAUAAAGGUCUCCUGUUUGUCCUUUCAAACCUGGAUUAACUCAGUCAUCAGUCACACCUGCUUUCCUGCACAGAGAGCGAGCCGUAAAACAUGAAAGUCUUGUUACUCUUUGCUGUCUUCUUCUGCUUUGUCCAAGGAAACUCAGGGGACAUCCCACCCGGAAUCAGAAACACCGUGUGCCUCAUGCAACAGGGCCACUGCAGGCUCUUCAUGUGCCGUUCUGGUGAGAGAAAAGGGGAUAUCUGCUCCGACCCCUGGAACAGAUGCUGCGUCCCCUAUUCUGUUAAAGACAGAAGAUAGAAGACUGAGGUAAUGUCUCUUACAUACUCAGGAAUAGGGUAAGCAGAAACCAAGCUCGGCUGUAAACGCUGUUUGCAAAGCGACAGGAAUGGCUGACUCACUGGCUGUGUGUCCUCUAUGGCGUUCAGCACAUCAAAGCGGACAUUGGCUUCUCUCCUCUUGCUGAGGCCUCCAGGGCUCCUGCUCCAUUUCCAGAGCCUUCUCACACUGUCACACCAAAACCUGAGUAGAACUUUGUAGCCUUUCAGCAUGGUGACCUUGUUGUCUUAUAGAGAAUAUAGUAAAGGUUCAAACAUGGCCA